AUGAACAACAAUUAUUUGAUGCUUGCUAUUGUGGCUUUUGCUGUUUUUGUGUUGUCCUGUGAAGCGCACGGAGGAGGUCAUCAUGGUGGAGGCGGAGGCGGCGGAUCACAUCAUCAUGGCGGAGGCGGAGGUGGUGGAGGUCACCAUCAUCAUGGAGGAGGUGGUCACUAUCAUGGCGGUGGCGGAGGAUUCCAUCAUCACCACCAUUCAAGUUAUUCGGGAAGUUCUUCUGAUUACAGUAGUAACAAUUACUAUGGGGGAGGUGGUGGAUUUGGGCUUGGACGGCUUUUGUUUGGAGGAUUGUUCAGAAGACCCAGCUACUCAUACUAUCCAAGUUAUUAUGGAUAUGGGAAUUAUAAUCGCGGAUAUUGUAGAGUAGCUCAACUCAUUGAUUAUGUUGGUGGAACUCCUCGUUACUACUGUGAUUGUCCACCAUAUGCACCAAAUUAUCAAUGGAAUCAGUGUACCCCAAUGGCUGUUUCCUAUGGAAAGAAAUAAUUUAAGAGCUAAUCAAAUUAUGACGUGAUGCCAAUAUUUUUUGUUGCUGAAAUGACUUAACAAUUAUUUAAUAAUAAUAUAAAAAUGUAUAUUUGUAAAUUUAUUAUUUUUCAAAAUAAAUAUUAAAAAAAAACAUC